AGUCGUCCGCGUGUUAGUCGUCCCUGUUGCGGGCCGCAACCACAAUGCAGGAAGCCCCACUGUAUAAAAGUUGACGUCGAUCCCCCACUGGCAGCGGCAUCAAUCAUGUCGACUCCGAGUAAAACUUCCCUACGUACUUUGGGUACUCAUACCACCAACCUAGCAUUAUUGUAAAACCACGAUAUCUGAGUGCUAGGUUUGAGGCCUCCUUGCUCGAAGCUUGACUGGUGUACCGACUGGAAGCACUCCGUCGCGGAUUAAGGGCAUUCCGCCUCCAGAACAUCGACAUGCCCCCCGUCGCACAGUCACAUGCGCGAUCGCAUGCGCUCCUCCUCCUCCAGAAACUGCUCAACCUCAGGGACAAUGCUAGUCCGCUGACGCUCGUCCUUGACACGCUCGAGCAGAGCGGCAAGCCGGUCGUCCGGGAGUUUCUGCUUCGAGCAAAGAUCGCCAAGAGCAAGACGAUAUUCGUGUCGUUCGAGUCCCUGAGAAAGCCAGCACAUGCAGACGUCCUAGUCAAAGCCCGCGGCAAAUCGCCCGAGGCUCUAUGUGCGGAAAUCGUAUCUCAUUACGGUGCCACACCCGCUGCUGCUGGUGCAGACGGCGCGGGGGAAAAUAAAAUCCUCGUGGUGAUGGACACCCUCAACCCGUUGUCGGCAGCAUACUCGUCCUCCCUGUCCGCCAUCCUGGGUUCCCUCCUCCGGACGCCAGCAGUCAGCAUAGUCGGCGUGUACCACACCGACGUACCCCUGUCACCAUCAUCCUCCUCUUUCAGCCCAGAGAGCCACUACUACGAGCCCCAGCCCCUUGCGGUGCUCACACACCUCGCCACAGCGGUCCUCACGCCGAGCAGCCUGCACCAGGCGCUCGAGCGCAAGCGCGCCAGGGACAGGAGCCUGCAGGCGCCCGAGUGGGGCAUCCACGAGGCGCGGGAGGGCGUGCUCGUCGGCUUGCGGCCCAGGAGACAUCAUCAUCAUUAUCACCAUCAGAGCGCGGGAGCAGAGAGGGGCCCACAGGAUGAGGCUGGACUACGGAGCAGUCGACAAGGCGGGCUCGUGCUGGACAUGGAGCUGCGUCGGCGGAGCGGGCGGUCGGUCAGCGAGAGGUUCGUCUUUGUCCCUGGUGCGUCGACUUCGGCUUCGACUUCGACUUUGACGAACAAGAGCGACGGCACCACUCCGGGCAUCACGCCGCCGAGCACAAGGGGUAAUGACAACAACGCGACAUCGCUACUACUGUCUGCGGCUGGCAAGAUCAUGCUUCUCGCCGAUCAUCCGUUGUUCACCACCAGGGCUGGCGGGGAAGGUGGGCUGGACGGCGGCGGCGGCGGCGAGACUGGUGCCGCGGACGAGCAGCCCGAGUCGACUUUCAACCUGGGCCUCACCGAGAAGCAGCGGCGAGACAGGGAAGGGAUCGUGCUGCCGUACUUUGACGCACAGACGGAUAUAGGCGCGGGUGAAGGGGGCCGGAUCCUGUACGAGAUGGGCAGGGAGGACGAUUUCGAUGACGAGGAGGAUGAGAUAUAGGGUCUCGACAAGACAGAAGACUGUGUGUGUCGUGGUGCAGAGAAUUGAUACGAAACAAAGAACAUAAUGGGAUGCAUCCCCCGCAUCUCGGCAGUACUAAUGGUCUCGAGCAUAGGUAUCGGUCGCGAAUGUGUCACCUCC